AUGCCUACAAUCAAUGGGAAGCAAGUUGGCCGCACCGGCUAUGGAUUGAUGAAUCUCACAUGGCGUGAAACUCCUAUUCCAGAUGAGCAAGCUUUCGCAGCAAUGAAGGCAGCCCUGGAUUCGGGAGCCAACCUCUGGAACGGGGGCGAGCUCUAUGGCAAACCGCAUGCCAACUCCCUCCAACUCCUCAAUCGAUACUUUACCAAGUACCCGGAAGACGCGGAAAAGGUGGUAAUCAGCAUAAAGGGCUCCAUUUCCCCCACCAGGAUGGGACCCGACAACAGUGAGAAGAACAUUCGGAGAAGCAUUGAUGAGUGUCUCAAAGUCCUGGACGGCAAGAAGUUCCUCGAUCUCUUCGAACCUGCGCGGCAAGAUCCCAAUGUACCUUUGGAGGAGACUAUGAAUGCCAUGGCCAAAUAUGUUAAAGAAGGCAAGCUUGGUGGCAUCAGUCUCAGCGAGGUUACCGAAGACCAAAUCAGGAAUGCUGAGAAACUCCACAAAAUUGCAGCAGUCGAAGUAGAAAUGAGCCUGCAAAGUCCUGACCUCCUAUAUAACGGCGUCGCCAAAACCUGCGCUGAACUGGACAUCCCAUUAAUAGCCUAUUCUCCCUUGGGGCGUGGCCUAUUGACCGCUACAUUCUCAAAGCCUGAAGACAUCGACAAAACCGACAUCAGACAUCAUCUGCCGCGCUUCCAGCCUGGAAAUAUGGAGAAAAACGCUGCAAUGGGCCAGGAGAUAAAAAAUGUGGCCAAAUCAAAGGGCUGCACACCGGCUCAGGUGGCACUGGCUUGGGUGCGCUCGUACAGUGGAAAGGAAGGAUUUGGCACCGUUAUCCCAAUACCAGGUUCUACAACCGAGGAGAGGGCUAUUGAGAAUGCAACUGAAGUGACCCUUAGCGACGAGGAGCUGAAGGAGAUCGAGCAAAUCAUGGAAAAGACGGAACUAGCAGGUGGUCGAUACUAA